AAGCCGGGGUGUGGGGACAGUUAGGACUGUGGCCAGGGCCAGGCUGGGGCUUGCGAGGGGGGCGCCGCCCCGAAUCCCCCAGACCCCCGACCCCAUUGUCCCGACUAGGAGCUAUUGUUCGGCCUCAGUUUCUCCAAAAAAGAAGUGGAGGUGGCGGGACUGGGCACCCCCAUCCAAUGGCCCCUCUGAGCCUCUGAGACCCAGGACUCUCUCUCCUCUGCAGCUCCUGGACUGACUGGCGCUGUCCUGCCCCAUGGAUGCCUCCUCUAGCCCAUGGAAUCCAACCCCGGCUCCUGUCAGCAGUCCUUCCCUGCUGCUCCCCAUCCCUGCCAUCGUCUUCAUCGCCGUGAGCAUCUAUUUGCUGCUGCUCGGUGUAGUGCUGCUGGCCAGGCACUGCCUGCUGGCCCAGGGCUGCUGCACGGACUGCAGCUCCCCCUGCAGGAAGCAAGGCGCUUCCAGGCCCCAGGACUGUUGCUGGACCUGUGCAGAAGCCUGCGACCUCCCUCUGCCCAGCCCCGCCCGCUGCCUGGAUGCCUGCUGCCCCCAGCCCACCGAAGCUGGUUGGGCCCCUCGCUGCCCAUGCUGCUGCCCACUCUGCGACUGUGCCUGUGCAUGCCAACUUCCUGACUGCCAGAGCCUCAACUGUCUCUGCUUCGAGAUCAAGCUCCGAUGAGGACCCGGAGUCCUUGCCCUUUGGGGAACGGCCAGCCUCCUGGGCCCACAUGUCCCCUUCCCUGAGGGGCCACUGGACACCUUUCUCUAGGCCACUGGAAUCACAAAUGGCCUGCCCAGCCCAUCAGCCUGGGAACCAGCGGUGGAGAGCC